AUGCCCCCGCGCUUGGGGUACAAAAAGUCUCGAAGGGGUUGCUUGCGCUGUAAGCAACGACGCGUCAAGUGUGAUGAGAAGCAGCCUUGCGCAGCGUGCGAGAGACACGGCUUAUCGUGUGUCUACCAGGAACCGUCGGAAGUGCGACGAGGGCGUUCAGCUGAUCAAACCGAUGCCCCGAGAGACGAUCGCCAGAAAGGCUCAAAUGCCGACUCGUCAAUCGCGAGCCCGGAUCCAUUGCCGUACCUAGCCAAGUUCGUCACAGGCCAAGAGUCAAUAGAACAGAGCACUUGGCUCACGGAUCUUGAGCUGAUGCACCAGUAUUCGACGUCUACUUACCUUACUCUUCCGCGAGCAGAUGAACUUCGGCAGAUAUGGCAAAUUGAGCUACCCAGGUUAUCACUGAGCCAUGUUUAUCUUCUCCACCAAGUCUUGUCUGUAUCUGCAUUCCACCUGGCCUCACUGCACCCCGAUCGACCAGACUACGCUAUCUGUGCAUCACAACACCAGAAUAAGGCUAUCGCUGGUCUUCGUUCAGCUGUCGCGUGCAUCACAGAAGAGAGCUGUGUGGAGAUCUUUUUAUCAUCUUCACUACUGGGCAUUGGGGCGUUUGCUGGCCUCGGCGCUCACAAUGCUGGCCAACAGCCCCGCAUUGACGAUCUCCUCGAUGUCUUCGUACUUAUUCGGGGCAUGAGUGACAUUUUGAACAGAUACGAGCCACUGCUUAAAGAGAGCAGGAUUAGGCAUCUCUUCGUCUUAGGAAGCCAGUCUGGUUCAACGCCUCUUCUUGACGCCACGGUCACGCAGCUUCGACAAAUUGUCAUACCCGAUGGCUUCGACGAAGGGGUAAUCGCGAUAUGUCAAGAAUCAAUCGCAUCAGCAAUCAUCUGGAUAGAGAAUCACAUAGGGGCAACGGCUGCGCCUGACGAGCGAAUCGCCAUGACUUGGUGUUUAUCUGUGAGCUCAGAAUUCCUGGACCUGAUCAAGCAGCGGCACCCUGUUGCUCUUUGCAUCCUCGCGCACUAUUGUGUUAUCUUGGAUCGAGUCGGAAGAUCACAAUGGUUUAUGAGGAAUUGGGGGAAGCCGGUACUACAAGACAUUCGGAAUGAGAUGGAACCACGAUGGUCAUCGAUGCUGCAGUGGUGUUUGGCAGCUGUUGAAUGUGAUAGAAAUGCCCAAGUGCAUUGA